AAGUUACAUAGUGAUAUACAUAUAAAUGAAACUUUAAUUAAUUAAUUCAAUUUUUUUUGCUACUACCGUUGCUUUUUUAGAAUUUGGAAGAGGGUGUGGGAUUGGGAGGAAACUCGGUAGUGUGUCAUUACGGCAUUACGGUAGUGUGUGUGGGUGCGUGUGUGUGUUUGAGAGAGAGAGAGAGAGAGAGAGAGAGAGAGCUCUAUAUUGAUGCUUUGGCAAUGUUGUAUGUAAACAAUCAUGCCAAUAAAGUACUUUGAAUUGAAUUGAGAGAGAGAGAGCGAGAGAGAGAGAGAGAGAGAAGGGUGGUGUUAUACUACAGUAUAUACGGCGGCUAACUCGCAGUGCUGUGUGUGUGUGUGUGUGUGUGUGUGUGUGUGUUUGAUUCAGCACUGGCUGUCAUGCAGGUGGAAUUUGCGUCUCGCGAUGGAGGCCAAACUGACCCACUGAGUUCAUCAGAUUCGGAGGAUUAGUGAUUUCACAUCAGAUUCCAGACAGAAAAAAGUCUCCACUCGCUAUUAAUCCGAUCUAAUAGAGCUGUCAUAGUGACAUAUGAUGCGAAACUGGAAAGGGUCUUGCUGCCGCACACCUGAGGAUGGACAUUAUUUUGGAAAAAUAAACAACAGUAUUUAUUUUUUUUUUCUUUAAAGAAGCUCAGACCUUUUUUUUCCCACUGCGCUGCGUCAUUCCUACCUUUUUUCCUCCCUGUGAACAGCGCAACGCCAGUCAUGUUUAUAGCAUGAUUCCCGAGUCUCAUUCAUGGAUUCUGUAGCUGUAUAAGGCAGAAACUGAAUGGCCAGUGCGAAUGGUACAGGAGCUGGAGCUGACUGCAGUUUCAUUCAAUCCGGUCUAAAAGCAGCCUGCCACAACCAGCUCGACUCGACAGCACGAAUUUAGAAAUCGCAGUGAAAGUAGUUCUUUUUUGUUGUUGUUGUUGAAGACCACAUCAUGGAAGAAGUUAGUGGCAGUGAAUGUGUGCCCGACCUGAAAGAGUUGGAGGUGAAGUUGGGGAGGAAGACGCCGGAAGGUUUGCUCAGGUGGAUGCGGCAGGACGCAGCGCAACGCGGCGAGCAGAGCAAAGUGAUCCGGCAGGAGAGCGCAGACAGCGGGGAGCAGACACUGGAUGAGAAGAUCAGGAAGCUCAAAGUCGAGAUGGCUCAUCUCCGGGCGGUGGAUGUGAGAAUCCUGCAACAACUCGUGGCACUGCACGAGGGAAUUGAGGCAGCAAAGUGGCUUAUGGAAGAGCGUGGCAUGCUCACCAGCCACUGCAGCAGCCUGACGGGCAGUCAGUACAGCCUGGGAGGCAGCUGGAGCAGCCUACAUGAGCCCCAUGACAAGCUGGACAACAUCUCCAUCGGCAGCUACCUGGACACUCUGGCUGAUGAUCUGGAUGAGUACUGCACCUCCAGCGGGGCCGAGUCUGUACUCUGCUCCGCACCUGUGUGCACAGACAACUCCAAAUCCGCUCACGUGACACCCAAUGGCCCUAAAGAGGACAUGAGACCUUCUAACCAUGAUGUGAAACCUUCCAACCAUGACUCUAACCAUGAAGAAGCUAGUAAGAAUAAUGGAGUGAAUACUGGAGUCCUGGAUAGCGCUGUUAAACAAGACAUAGAGUCCCCCAAGGCUCUUGCAGCUGAGAGGCUGGCGAAGACUCUGAGCCCUAAGGGUAAGAUUUACAAGAAUGGCAAGGUGGAGCUGGAAAGCUGCAAAAUGAGUGGCAAAGUGCACUUGGAAUACGAUGCACACUGGCGCUGGGUGCACUCACAGGAUGAUGUGACAUUUUUGUGAGGGUUUAAAAGAUGCAGCCCAAGUUGGCUGGUUAUAUUUUGGACUUCAGAGCCUUAUUGGACAGACUGAGUUUACUCGGUUGAUAAGAACAUCCUUAUGUACGUUUAAACUGACUCCGAUCUUAAAUUAAUUCAGAUAUAGAGAUAUGAUGUCAAAGAUCCCAAGGGGCCAAAACUUAUAAAGCAUGAACUUUAUAUUUGUGUUUACAAUCAUUUAUCUGUACAAAUGUUUAUCUAUUAAAAGUAUUUUGCUCAGUGAUUCCCAGCCCUGGAGCUAGAGUACCCUUACCCUGCACAAUUUAGUACUUUCCUCAUUCUAACACUCCCACAUUGACUCAGGAAGCACCUGUUAAUUAUCUGAUUAGUUGGAGGUGUGUUCGAGCAGGAAAACUAGCAAACAUGCAGGGAAGGAAAACACCAGGACUAGAGCUGGGAAUUGCUGGUGCAGUAUUUUAUAUGUGAUGGUGGAAUCUGGUUCAUCAGUAAGUUCUCCAGUUCCUUUAAAUAUUUCUUUGCAGAGAUAUGGUUGAUAAACUCAAGCAUUUUCUGUGUUAAUAUCAGUAUUAAUGAUUAGAUUUUCCUUUACUUGUGCAAGUUGACCAAUACAAACAUUUAAUUUAACAUGCUUUAGUUAAAAUAUCUCAAACUAACCCUCCUAUUAUGUUGGGAAAAAAAGUUACAUCCAUUAUGUUAUGGGUCAAAGUGACUUCCACAGUUAAAUACAGACAAAAACAGCAAAGAACAGCUUAAAACAGUUAACAUUUAUUAUGGCUUGUCCAAGACAAACUAUAAGAAGAAAUAUUUGCAUAUAAGUUCAUGACCCGAAAUGAGGAAAGUCAAAAAAUUUCAAAGAGAAUAAGAGAGAUUAACCAGUAUUUCAGACAUCUCAAAUGUGGAAACUGGUCAAAUUGACACAUAGCAUAACAGGAGGGUUAAAGGUAAGUGAUCACUAUAAGUAAAUUACAAUCUCUUAUUUUCAUGUAAACUCCGACGUAGCCUGAAAGACCUGAGAUAUGAAUAGUAGAUCAGCUCACAGUUAUUGAGUAUUUUAGAGAGGACCAAAGUUUUUAGCUACAAAAUCACAAGGCAUCAUAGUGAUAUUUUUCUAUUUAUUCUAAAGUUUAAAGUUCCAUAAAUAUAAUAUAAUCAAUACAAUGUGUCACUGUUUUUGUCACAUUUGACACAUUUGCAGUAUAAAAGUAAUGCACAUUGAUGUUUUUUGUUUUUUUUGCAAUAGCACACUGUGGCAGACCCAUGCUUCGAGGUUCAAGGGUGGAAUAUGCAAACAGAAAAUACAAUGAAAUCUACUUAUUUUCAUGAUAACUGUUUAAUAAUCGAAGUUAGGGACUAAGGGGAACUUUAAGCAAGUUCGAAUAAUCUAAAAUGAAAGGUCUUUAACAUUAAUGUCUUGGUCAUUCUGAAAGUAAAGACAUCAACAAAAAGUCGGGAUGACUUCUGUGUGAACAGUAAGCAUAGACUCUGCGCCUAUGUGAAAAUGCUUGUGCAAUAUGAUUA